GCACUUUGACGCGGACCAUUCCAUCUCACUGCAUUGUUUCCAGACGAUCGUCAUUACGGGGAGCACCAGGUCCAUCAUGGCGCGGCACCUUCGCUUCGUUGCUCGGACAGUGAUGGUCCCAGAUGGAAAUGUGGACGCCGCAUUCAAGACUUUAACCAGGGUCCUGAAUCAAGAUGGAAUCAUUGACACGGUGAAGAGGAGGCGUUACUAUGAGAAGCCAUGCCGGGAGCGAAUCCGAAAAAACUUUGAGAACUGCAGGAGAAUCUACCACUCUGAAAUGGCACGCAAAAUCGCCUUCAUCUCCCGGACAAACAGAGAAGACCCCUGGCUUGGCUGCUAGUCGUAUGGAGUAUAUUGAACUAACAAAUAUUUCAUGAAAACACACAUCGCCCAGCAAAGGAAACUGCAAGAAUGCUCAAGUGUGAACUGGGGAAUUUUGUCAAUACAUUGUUAUGAUGUUAUAUCUACAAUUAUAUAAACAUUGAUUGGUUAAAUACA